AUGGCUGCAGUUGCUGCGCAGGGGGACUGGAAUGCGUCGCAGUGGCUGCAGGACGCCGCGGGAAACGCGAGCGCAGCGCCGGCCGAGCUGCGGCGGAACUACCUGGCCAUGCUGUACUCGCUGCUGAUCGCCGCCAUCGUCUUCGGCAACGUGCUGGUGUGCCUGGCCGUGCUGCGGGAGCGCGCCCUGCAGACCACCACCAACUACCUGGUGGUGAGCCUGGCCGUGGCCGACCUGCUGGUGGCCUCGCUCGUCAUGCCCUGGGCCGUCUACCUGGAGAUUGUAGGUGGAGACUGGCUGUUUGGGAGGGUUUACUGCAACAUCUUUGUGACUCUGGAUGUGAUGAUGUGCACUGCCAGCAUCCUCAACCUGUGUGCCAUCAGCAUCGACAGGUACACGGCUGUAGUGAUGCCUGUUCUCUACAGCACCUCACACAGCUCUCGCAGGAGGGUGUUGGUCAUGAUCGUCACCGUGUGGAGUCUGGCCUUCGCUGUGUCCUGUCCUCUGCUGUUCGGCUUCAACACCACAGAUGACCCGGCCGUCUGCUCGAUCUCGAACCCAGACUUUGUCAUCUACUCCUCGGUGGUGUCCUUCUACCUGCCGUUUGCGGUGACACUGCUGGUGUAUGUGCGCAUCUACGUUUUCCUGAGGAAAAGGAGAAAGAAGAUCGCCUUCCGCAGGGCCAGCGGGAGAGUCCAGCCGGGGGCGGGCCCGCCGUCCGCGGAGACGUGUCUGCAAGAUGAAGCUGUUCUUGAACAGAGAGACCUCUCCCCCAUCAGGAUCAAAGUGGAGACCUCAGAGCAGCCGGCUCCGCCCACCCCCGGCUUCCUGGCCGCCUGCAUUCACCGCAAAAAGCCCAGGACCGCCCCUUCGGACAACAAGCUCCUCCCCCAGCCGGAUGCUCAGCACGACUGCAGCGUGAGCCAGGCCUCCUUCGCACCCUCGGAGAACCCGGCCGAUCUGGAGGAGGUGGGGCCGGCCCACAGGAGCUGCGAGGUGAGGAAUGCGUCCAACGGCAGGCCCCGCACCACGCUGCGCCCCGCCCACUGCUCCGCCCACCGCUCCACCCUGUCCCGCUGCAGAAGCAAACAGGCACGGGAGAAGAAGGCCACACAGAUGCUGGCGAUUGUACUGGGUGUGUUCCUCGUCUGCUGGCUUCCUUUCUUCGUCACACACAUCCUGAACACGCACUGCAGCACGUGCCACAUCCCUGCAGGGCUCUACAGCGCCACCACCUGGCUGGGGUAUGUCAACAGCGCCCUGAACCCCGUCAUCUACACCACCUUCAACGUGGAGUUCCGCCGAGCCUUCCUCAAGAUUCUACACUGCUGAAGGUCCCGCUGCCUGUGCAGACCUCUCCCACUGCGGCUUCGC